UUGUGAAUAAGUUCUGGAACCGGAGUAAGCUCUGACGUUAGAGUGGAGACUUGCAUUGAAUUCAUCACGCACUCAGGGGCAGAAAACAUUCAAAUGCCCUCUUUUUUAUAGCACAUAUCGUGUUCAGUCUUCAAAAGCCUCCGAUAGCAGCGGAUGGGCGAGUGAAACACGGAGUGCCAUGACGGGAAAUCGACUAAAAAUGACUUCAAAUGUCAUUUUCUUCGCCAUCUUCAUACUGAUUUUCCAAGAGUCAUUCCUUUCACUGGAUGGACUAGCCUUGAAACGUGCAGCGCGCAGGGAUGAGAUCAAAUCAUCACGCAGUAUUCGCGAGGAGGAAACAUCGAUGCAGGAGAAACCUCGUGGCAUAUUAAGGAGGUUUUCAUGUUGGGGAUGCAUCAAGUCGAAAAAUAAUAAUAAGGUGGUGAAGGAGGCUCCGGAACUCGCUGAAUCGCCCCCACCGAGUCCUAUACGCCGUAUCAGAAGAAAGCCUCUGACAGCAGUGAAAGCCUCAGGUUACAGAACUUCCAAAACAACUGAGGGAACAGACCCAUGUGCUGUCUUUUGGGCUAUAUUCACCGGUUGCGCACCUUAUGCGGAUAAUCAGUUAAGAUACAAACCUUAGAAAAUAUGGGGCUGGUAAUCACCUGUGUGUUGUUUUCUUUUCAGUAAAUAUAACACUUUAUUCUUGCUCUUA